AUGAGCACUAAAAAUAUUAAAAAAAAUAAAGUAACAAAGCUGAAAAAUAAUUUUGAUAAAUUAGAAGAUUUAAUCAAUUCUUCAUCUUCUCUUCAAAAUCAUACUUCUCUCUUAAUCAGUCUAAGAUAUUUAAAGAUUUCAGAUUUAGAUGCUUCAUAGUUGGCUUCUGUUUUAGCAAAUUGCCUUAAUUUGUCAACUUUAAAACUAGAACUUCCGGGUAAUUAAAUAGGGCAAAAUGGUGUAUCUGACUUAGGUUUAUCUUUAACAAAAUGCACCAAUUUAUAAAAUUUGGUAGUUAAACUUAACUAGAAUCCAAUUGGUUCAAAAGGCAUAGAAGGAUUUAUGUCUGCACUCGCAUAAUGCAGUAAUCUCUCAACUUUAGAACUUUAUCUAGCUGAGAAUCAAAUCAAUGGCCAAGAUUCUUAAUUUUUAGGUUCUUGUUUGGCUAAUUUCUAGAAUCUUUAAAGUUUAAAGCUUAAUUUAAACGCAAACUAAAUUGGCAAUGAGGGUGCUUUGAAUUUAGGAUUAGGUUUAACAAAGUGCAUCUAACUCUUAAAUUUAGACCUUAAACUUAAAUAUAAUAAAAUUGAUGAUUAAGGAUUAAUAGAUUUAAGUAACUCUUUAACGAACUGUUCUAAAUUAACAAAACUUACAAUUGAACUUAAUCAAAACUAUAUUGGAAAUAAAGGUUAAUCUUGUUUAGGUUCAGCUUUAGCACACUGCAAAAACCUUACUAACAUUAAACUUAACUUUUUCUUGAAUUAAAUAGGAGGUGAUUGGUUAUCUGAAUUAGGUUCUGGUUUAGCUAAAUGUGUUAACCUAUCAAAUUUAUAAAUUAAUGUUUCUAGAAAUUCAUUAGAAAACAACGAGGGUAUUUCUUCAUUUAUGACUUCUUUAAUGGGAUGUUCCAAUCUAUCGACUUUACAUAUUGAGCUUGCGUUCUGCUCCUUUGACGAGUUGCAAUUUCACAAAAAGCUUUAUAAAAUAAAGAAAUUAGUGUAAUAUUAAAUGUGGUGUUGA